GCGAGCGGCGGCGGCUCCCCGGCUAGCGGGCGCGAGGACAUGGUACCAUUCGCCCCGCUGGAAGACGCGGAGGAGCCGGAGCCCUGCCACAAAAUGGAGCUGUGCAUGAGUGGCGGCGAGCUGAAUGGUCUUAAAAUGGUGGAUGAGCCCAUGGAAGAAGGAGAACCAUAUUCUUACAAUGAUGAAGGAAAUGUGAAAGAAAUUCCUAUUACCCACCAUGUGAAAGAAGGGUGUGAGAAAGCAGAUCCCGCACAGUUUGAACUACUUAAGGUUCUUGGUCAGGGUUCAUUUGGAAAGGUUUUUCUUGUGAGGAAAAUAAUUGGUCCUGAUGCUGGGCAGCUUUAUGCAAUGAAAGUGUUGAAAAAAGCUUCUCUAAAAGUACGAGAUAGAGUUCGUACAAAGAUGGAGAGAGAUAUAUUAGUAGAAGUAAAUCAUCCAUUUAUCGUCAAACUGCACUAUGCCUUUCAGACCGAAGGAAAGCUAUAUUUAAUAUUGGAUUUUCUCAGGGGAGGAGAUGUGUUCACACGAUUAUCCAAAGAGGUUAUGUUUACAGAGGAAGAUGUGAAAUUCUACCUCGCAGAACUGGCCCUUGCUUUGGAUCAUCUGCACAGCUUGGGGAUUGUAUACAGGGAUCUGAAGCCAGAAAACAUUUUGCUUGAUGAAGCAGGACAUAUCAAGUUAACAGACUUCGGACUCAGCAAAGAAUCAGUAGAUCAAGAAAAGAAGGCCUACUCUUUCUGUGGUACUGUAGAAUACAUGGCACCUGAAGUAGUAAACAGGCGAGGCCACAACCAGAGUGCCGAUUGGUGGUCAUUUGGUGUUCUUAUGUUUGAAAUGCUUACUGGUACACUGCCAUUUCAAGGUAAAGAUCGAAAUGAAACUAUGAAUAUGAUACUAAAAGCAAAGCUUGGAAUGCCACAGUUCCUUAGCUCUGAAGCGCAAAGUCUUCUAAGGAUGUUGUUUAAAAGGAACCCAUCAAACAGAUUAGGAGCUGGUUCAGAUGGAGUUGAAGAAAUCAAGAGACAUCCUUUUUUUUCAACAGUUGAUUGGAAUAAACUGUUCAGAAGAGAAAUUCAGCCCCCAUUUAAACCUGCUUCUGGUAAGCCAGAAGAUACCUUCUGUUUUGAUCCAGAAUUCACAGCAAAGACCCCAAAAGAUUCUCCAGGAGUUCCACCUAGUGCUAACGCGCAUCAGCUGUUCAAAGGAUUUAGCUUUGUUGCAACUACUGCCAUAGAAGAUCAUAAAAUUUCACCCCUCAACAAUAUAUUGCCAAUAGUACAGCAACUUCAUGGAAACAGUGCACAGUUCACUGAUGUAUAUGAGCUGAAGGAGGAUAUUGGUGUUGGCUCCUACUCUGUUUGCAAGAGAUGUGUGCACAUAGCUACCAAUAUGGAGUUUGCCGUGAAGAUAAUUGACAAAAGUAAGAGAGAUCCCUCAGAAGAAAUUGAGAUUUUGAUGCGCUAUGGACAGCACCCUAAUAUUAUUACUUUAAAAGAUGUGUAUGAUGAUGGCAGAUAUAUUUACCUGGUCACUGAAUUGAUGAAGGGAGGAGAGCUACUUGAUCGGAUUCUCAGACAAAAGUAUUUCUCAGAACGGGAGGCUAGUGCUGUAUUGUACACUAUAACUAAAACAGUUGACUACCUUCAUUGUCAAGGAGUAGUGCAUCGAGACCUUAAGCCAAGUAAUAUUUUAUAUAUGGAUGACUCAAACAAUGCUGACUCUAUCAGGAUUUGUGAUUUUGGAUUUGCAAAACAACUUCGAGGGGAGAAUGGACUUCUUUUAACUCCUUGCUACACUGCCAACUUUGUAGCGCCAGAGGUUCUCAUGAGACAGGGUUAUGAUGCUGCUUGUGAUAUCUGGAGCUUGGGUGUUCUCCUUUACACCAUGCUGGCAGGCUAUACUCCUUUUGCCAAUGGUCCCAAUGAUACUCCUGAGGAAAUCCUGUUACGAAUAGGCAGUGGAAAAUUCUCUUUAAGUGGAGGCAACUGGGACACUGUUUCAGAUGCAGCAAAGGACUUGCUAUCCCAUAUGCUUCAUGUAGAUCCACAUCAGCGAUAUACAGCAGAGCAAGUAUUAAAACACUCGUGGAUAGCCUGCAGGGACCAGUUGCCUCAUUAUCAGCUAAACAGACAAGAUGCACCACAUCUAGUUAAGGGGGCCAUGGCUGCCACAUAUUCUGCACUGAAUCACAAGACAUUUCAGCCAGUCUUAGAGCCUGUCGCAGCUUCAAGUUUAGCUCAACGACGGAGCAUGAAAAAGCUAACUUCAACAGACUUAUAGAUCCACUGGGGCACCUUAGCCAAACUGGAGCAAAGGAAAAUCCAAUAAGUGGCUCUAUAUUUGCCUGACCUGUGAUCGAAAGACAUAUAUGGUUUCCUGCUACACUACUUGAAUUCUGUAAAAGUCCUUUUUUAAAAGAAAAAAAUCCACAGGUUCAGGGGGAUUCACACUGUGUUGUUUUACAGGCAGUGUCCAUGUUUAUUUAACUUAAACUUCAGGGUACAUCACAAAGAUCAUAAGGUAUUUCCAUACACUGUCCUUUCAGAGAUUUGUUACAGAUAUUCUUUACAUACUGUAUAGUUUUGCUGGGUUCAUGAAGUGGUUUAGGGGACCAUUACCAAUAACCAAGUUGUACGUAAAAAGUGUCACAGUGUCAGUAUUUUUACCAUCAAACCUAUUUGUAAAAAAUCCACAAGUUCUUACUUAAAUUACUUUGUAAUUGGGCACUUACCAAUGGACUCCAUUCAUUUAACUCAUUGAUGCUAGAAGACAAACUGAUCACCUUAUUGUGCCAGUGCAAAAUGCAUUAGUGUUAAUAUGGGAGUUCUACACUUGCCUGGUGCCAAGAAUUAAAAAGGUUUGUGUACAAAUAUUAAAAAAUGGGGUGCAUCUGAGACAUUGCACUUCAUCCAUAAAAUUAAAAUGAUCACUUGUGAACCAAACAACUGGAUAACAAGUGACCUUGUUUAGAGAAUGGGUGUCUCUAAUGUCAGUGUGUGUUUCUGUCUAUAGCAGUGGUGGGCCCAUGCCGCUUCCUGCAGCUUCCAUUGGCUGGAAACAGUGAACCACGGCCACUGGGAGCUGUGGGCAGCCGCGCCUGCAGACUGUCAAUGUAAACUAACUGUCUCGUGGCCCGCCAGCAGAUUACCCUGACAGGCCACAUGUGGGCCACAGAUUGCCCACCACUGGUCAGUUGUCAUAAGCCUGGGGGAACAGCCCCUAUUUUCAACAUAAGAUUUUACUGUGUCCUGUACUGAGCUAUGAAAAUGAUUAUAUUUAAGUCUUCAAGAGUGAGAGCCUGAAUAGUAUUGGUACUACUUUAGAUAGGACAUGUGAUAGUAGUCCAAGUAGUCCAUAUGCUUUUAGUUAUCUUCUCUGUCCUUCUGUAACUUGACUGAAUUAAGCCUUCCUAUUCCAUGAGGAACAUAGGGACUUCACCACUGCCUGCCAUCUUUUGACAGUCUCUUGCUGCAGUCUUAACUCUUCCCAUAUCAUUUUGAUAGCUUUCUAUUGUGUAUUUCCAUGUUAUGCUUGGUCUACCUUCUUGCCUCUUGCCCUCGGGGUUCCAGUCCAACUCCUGUCUUAUGUUGUUUUGGUCUUUCCUCCAUGUAUGUUCUAGUCAUCUUCAUUUUUGUUCCAUAAUUUCCUGACAUAUCAGUAUAUUUUGUCGUCCUCCAGAGCUUGAUUUUUUAUUUAUUUUUUUUUCCCCUGGCCAUCUGAUAUUAAGGAUUUGUUUUAGGCAGUUGUUUAUGAAAACUUUGGAGUUUAGAUAGUAAGGUCUUAAGUGUCCAAGUUUCAGUGCCAUCUGUUAAGAAUGACUUCACAAUGUUGUUAAAUAUUUGAAAUUUUCUUUGAAGGGCAAGAUUUCUGUUUCUUCAGAUCAGCUUUAGAGUUAUGAAGGCAUGUCUGUUUUUCGCUAUUUUGACUUUAAUGUCUGUCCUACCUGUUGUACUUGAUAUGUGAAAUAUUGGACCGAUUCUAUAUCAGGCCCAGAAAAUGUUGGUGUUUCUUGUUGUGUAUUGAUUUUCAACCCUACUAAUUGUGCAUAUGCCCAAAGAUAAUUUGUUUCAGCUUGCAUGCCUCUCUGAGCAUAAGAUAGGAAGUUGAUGUCACCUGCAAAGUCUAGAUCGUCUAACUUUUGUGUGAAACUCCAUUGUAAGACCACAGAACAAUCAAGUGGCAUUCUCAUUACCCAAUGUGCUACCAGUAAAAAGGUCAUGGGUGACAUAAGGCAUCCUUGUCUGCUGCUGGUGGUAAACUCAAAUGGCUUAGCUAGCUGUUACAUAUUACUGGCAGGUCAUAUUUUCACAGAAACUCUGUGUGAUCACAAAUUUCUGAGGGAUUCCAUAGUGGCAUAGCAACUUCCAUAAAGCUGUUUUAUCCACUAUAUCAAAGGCUGUCCAUCAGUACCUGGCUAUCCCUCUGUACGUAGACUAUAUUGCUGUUCCUUUGGCAAUCUUUUCUAUUGAAGAGAAGUAUAUUCAAUGUUAGCUUAUCCUGGAUUGUUAGGUAAACUGACAUUUCAUUGUAGCAUAUUUGGCACAUAGUUUAUUAAUUUUAUUUAUUUAAAUGUAUGUAAUUGCUCCUAUGUCCCUUGGCACAUGUACAAAUAUUACAAAAGAUAAAUGCAAAGACUUGUGACACUGUUAAAAACCCUCUCCUUGGCUAACCACAGGUGAAAUCUGGGAAAAUAAGUAAGCCUUGAAAUGUGCCCUUAAAGUCAGUAGGUACAGGAUUUUGACCAAAGAGGGGUGAGUAGGUUCCACGGUUGUGGACCUCACAGAAAAUAUCCUGCUGUCCUCUCACUCUCUAUUUGAAUGUCUGGGCAUUUAGUUAACUAUCUCAGCUGACCUGAACUACUUUGGUAUAUGUCACAGAGAGAGAGAGAGAGAGAGAGAGAGUGUUAGUCUGUAGUACUGCCAGGUCCCAAAUGAUUUUAGAUUUUUCUAAAUCAGAACCAACACUUUGAAUUGCACCUAGGAGUGAACUGUAAUCUCAUGCAAUUCUCAGAGGAUGUGAUUAAAAAACGCUUUUCAUGAAGGUUUAGAUGCUACUACACAAUUGUUCUGAUAUAGUAGCAUGAUAAACAUUUUAAAUAUUAGGAAAGUAUACUAGUGAUGUACCGCUAAAUUUGAACACGCUGAGAAUCAUUAUGAUCAAAAAUCAAUUAUUAUCCUGACUUGUCUGCUAUCAUUGAAUUUCUAAUCCCGUAAUGUUUUUAUAGCAGAUCAUAAACUGUUAAUCUGGGGUGAGGGGGAGACUUUGCAUACUGAGAUAAUAGAAUACUGUGAAGGCUUUUGGGGGGAUUCUGGAAUAACAAAAGUAGCAGUAACUCAUCCUAAAAUGUGGAGGUGACUCGCUGCGUUUUUUGUUGUCAUUGGGAGUACUGUAGAUGUGCAGGAGGUAGGAAUUGCCUUACUGAACAAUUAAGAAUUUUAAAUUAGGAUGCUUAUAGUAUGGGAUCUAAUGAAUAUGAAGAACAUGUGUAUGCUAGUGUGUCAUGCCUGCUACUCAGUUUCUUGGGUGUAAUAGGGUGUUGGAAAUAUUAAGGCCUAUUUGUACCCAAUUUGAGGUACCUGUUUGAAAUGCUUGAAAAGUAACAAAGAACACAGCUGCCACAUGGGAAAAAUACUACUUAGAAAGAAUUCUGCAUCUUGCGUGUUCUAUGCUUUUUUCAUUACUAGAGACCUUUGUGUGCAAUUAAGUGUACACCCAUCCAUAUUUCCCACCUAAUAUUGUAGUUAAAAACUAUUUCUAUCAAAACUGAGAUCACAAAAAAUUAGACUCUGGAUGGGGAACAGAGCAAAAAGCAUGUUUAAAAAGAGAGGUCCAUUUGUAAUGUAGAUUUUAAUGUUAAAGUAAUAAAAAUGCGGGAAAGAGAACAUCUAAGAUGCUAAGCUUAAUUGUUUUCAAUUUUUUCCCUCAUAAAGUUGCAGCUGGUCUUCUUUGGUUUUAUUCAUGAGUGAUUUAGCAGUGUUUGCAUUGGUAUUUUCACUUAACUUUUUCAGACCCACUAUGCAAUAAGCACCUUACAAGUAUGGUGCACUAAAUUGGUAAUAAGCAGGCCAAGAUACUUAGCAUGUAAUGGUGUCUUCCUGGAGUGGAGGAUACAGUUGUAAAGAGGAAAAAUGUACAGAGACAUGCUGAUUGGUGAACACAGAAUUUAGAACACUUUCUAAGUCAAUCCUGCAGUUGAGAUAAGAACAUCACGAAGCUCCACUACAAGUGGCACUCCCCGGGCAAAAAUAAGGUUUCCUUGGCUGCACCAUUAGAGGGGUAAUCUUUUCACAGAGACAAACUGUGUAGACAACACCUUUGUUAUAUUUGACACACUACACCAGGCCUACAUGGCAUGUCUAUUUCCACUUUUAUUUUGGGAAUAAGGCACACUUAUUGUAACUAGUGCAAACAAAAUCCUGUCUAGAUGCUUAAAAUUUCAUCAUGUCAGUCUUUCAGUUUCUGUGGGUAUUGCUGGAAUAAAGUUUCACCUUACAUUUCCAAAACACCCCCCUACAGUGUUUCAUAAAACAAUCUUCAUUAAUGCUCUUUUGGGGUUUGAACUGAUUUUUCUCAUUUUAAAGGAAAAUGCCAGUUUUGCAGAACCCAGUAGUUAUGGAAUUUAAAAGGUAAGCAACAUGAACUCCUCAUGAGUAAUCUGUGAAUUGUUUGAAAAUGAAGAUAAUUGCAAUUAUUUGAGUCUUUGGUAGGGGCUCCUGAAAGGUAUAAUUUGUGUCAUGUACAUAUAGCUACCACACAGUCAAAGAUGGGGUCGCCACGUGUCCAGUUUUCAGCCGGAACACCCGCCCUCUCCCACACUCUGAACCUCUCGGGCCCCAGCCCAGAGUUCCGUCCUGCACACCUUACUUCUGU